AUGAGUGAUCACGGCAAAACGGAAACUUUUCGCAUCUUAUCUGUCGUUUUCGCCUACUGGAUCGUUUCCAUCUCACUUGUUUUCAUCAACAAAUGGAUCCUAAGUGACGCGGUUGAGUCGGUGGAUAUUACGCUGUUUGUGACGUGGUUCCAAUGCGCUGUUACUGCUCUUCUGUGCUCCGCCGCAGCCCACUUGAACCGUGUAGCCCCCAGCGUGAUCAAAUUUCCGUGUUUGAACUUUACACUAAAAUCAGCCAUUGAUGUGCGUCUCAUUUGA